GGGAAUGGCAAUGCGAAUGAAAAUGGGACUGGGAAUGGGCAUGGCAACGGGAGCCAGAGGCCAGUUGGAGUGACAAAAGUUAGACAAACGGAUGUGUAGAUUAGACCGACAACAACAGCAGAAGACUUCGACUAAACAAUAGUUGCAGCCAGCGAGCAAACAGCAAACAAAACCGAACAAUAUGUGCACAAUGCCAGCAACAACAGAUGCAUCCGGCUCCGGCGAUGCAUCAACUGACCUCAUCGCAGCAAGGAGCCUCUCCGGUCACCAAGGACAGCGCUCCAACUUGCGCAUAUUUAAACUUUUGAUUAGCUGCUGCCUCUUAAUGCUGUGCAUUUACCCAAAUGCCUGGCCCUGGUCCAUCGGCCCCGGAUCGGGACCCUUCUCCGUUUCGGCCGACAGCAUCAAGGGCCGCGGCGAUACACAUCGCCUGGGUGAUAUGGGCUCCCAGUCCCACACCUCCUUAUCCUCAUCCUUGCCGUCCUCGUGGCUCACCCAGAGCAAUAACCAUGCAAAUAUAUCCGAGUUACUGGACAAUCUGCUGCGCGGCUAUGACAAUAGCAUACGUCCGGAUUUCGGUGGACCUCCAGCCACUAUUGAAGUGGAUAUAAUGGUUCGCAGCAUGGGCCCAAUAUCGGAGGUUGACAUGACCUACUCGAUGGACUGUUAUUUCCGCCAAUCCUGGGUGGAUAAACGUCUCGCAUUCGAGGGCGCCCAGGACACGCUGGCACUGAGCGUCUCGAUGUUGGCACGGAUUUGGAAGCCGGAUACGUACUUUUACAACGGCAAGCAGAGCUAUUUGCACACGAUUACCACGCCAAAUAAGUUUGUGAGGAUCUAUCAGAACGGACGCGUGCUGUACUCCAGCCGGCUGACAAUUAAAGCCGGCUGCCCGAUGAAUCUGGCCGAUUUUCCAAUGGAUAUACAAAAGUGUCCUCUGAAAUUUGGUUCAUUUGGCUACACAACGUCCGAUGUCAUCUACCGUUGGAACAAAGAAAGACCACCCGUCGCCAUUGCCGAGGACAUGAAGCUGUCCCAAUUCGAUUUGGUCGACUGUCCGGCUGGCAAUUUAACGGACAUUGUUUACAAGGCGGCUGCUCCAAGACCACAACGUCGCCCAUUCAACAACAAGGAUCCACCACGACCCACCAGCAAGGUAAUGACCACUUUUGCCGGUCCGGCGGCAAAGAAUCAGCAUGUCCGCGGCACGGGACUCAAGCUGGACAAAGGAGCCUUCGGUACCGGACGGGAUGCAACUGGUGGCUCGGGGUCGUCCACCGGUCUAAGUGGCACUAUUACGCUGGAAACAAAUCAUCCGUCGGAGUACUCCAUGUUAAUGGUGAACUUCCACCUGCAGCGUCACAUGGGCAACUUCCUGAUCCAGGUGUACGGUCCCUGCUGCCUGCUGGUGGUCCUCAGCUGGGUGUCCUUCUGGCUGAACCGCGAGGCCACUGCUGAUCGGGUUUCCCUCGGGAUCACUACCGUGCUGACGAUGACCUUCCUCGGACUGGAGGCUCGCACGGAUCUGCCCAAGGUGUCCUAUCCCACGGCUCUGGACUUCUUCGUGUUCCUCUCGUUCGGCUUUAUCUUCGCCACAAUCCUGCAGUUUGCCGUGGUGCACUAUUACACCAAGUACGGAUCGGGGGAGUGCUAUUUUAUAAUCGAGGAGCUGGACUCGGAAUCGGGGGAAUCCGAGACGGAGCCACUGACCUCGGACUUUCGGGGCAGCACAGAGUCCAAGAUCUACGAAGUCAUUCCGCUGUCCAUGUGCGCUAUUAGCAUGCCGCCGCCUCCCACUCGGCUGGGCAUACUAACCUCCAGGAAUCGGAGGCCCCGGAACAGACGACAUGGUCUGUGGAGCAUGAAGCUUCUGGGUCUCUUCGACUGGCGGCGAAGAAGAAAGCUGCCACGUGCCGACUCCGACGAGGAUGAGGAUGACGAGCAGACGCAGCUGAGGGCCAACGAGGCACCGACCACGUCUGCGGCAGCUGCAGCGGCACAAGCUGCUGCACAGGCUGCUCGGAUCAGUCCUCCAACUGGAGGUCGCCGCAGGAUGUCCUACUAUCGACGCGAGGAGAUGGAGGCCCGAAGGAAGGGCAAACGAACGCCACAGUACAACUCCGUGUCGAAGAUCGAUCGCGCCUCGCGGAUUGUCUUCCCACUGCUAUUCAUCCUUAUCAACGUGUUCUACUGGUACGGCUACUUGUCGAGGAGCUCCAGGAUUUUGGCCAACACGCCGGAUGCGAGCACCUGAUGUUACCUUUUAGCAAUUUAGACAGGGUCCUCGAAGAAAUCAUUAAGCGAUCGCCGGCAGCAAGCUUACAACUAAAGCUGAUGGAUGACGAUGCAUACGCAGAGUCGCGGAAUUUCAACACUGCGAUUUUAUCAAGUUUUUGCAGAUGCAUCAUUUAAAAUCAGCUUAAGACAAGGCGUGGGGGGAAAAUCAGUUGGGGGAUCGGGAAAAGCAGGGGAUGGGUUUAACUUUUCAGAUUCAGUUACGCUCUUAUUCUGAUUUGCUACCAAAUGUGACAACGCUUUAUGGGGUUUCUUUUCGCGCUAAAUUGCUAAAGUACAGAAAACAGAACUCAACUCUAACAUAUCAGAGGACUUGUUAAAACGGACACUCUCGAAAAUGUCGUGCUUCAACAGUCAAAAUAUCGUAAAAAAUUUUCGAAAACAGGUGUUUGAUUAUUUAAAUUUUACACGGAAGCAAACCGCCAAAAAUAUAACUUCUGUGAUACUUGCUUGCUUUGUUUUGACAAUUAGCAGCUCACAUCAAUGAGUGUCCUGUAAAUUUGUUGUACAGCUAACCAAUAAGUUGAAUAGUUUCGAUUAUGUGUGUGUCUUAAAUAGUUAACGUUGAUUAAUAAUUGAUUUGCAAGUCACAGCACAAGGAAUAUGCACUUAGUUGAGCAAUUUGUUUAGUUCAUUGCAAAUUACAACUUUUACAUGGGAUCACCAAAAGAUAGGAACGAUUUAGAAAUUGCCGUCUCUGCUUUUCUGACCCGGCAAGUAAUAGAGGAUAAGCUAGUAUUUUAAUAAGUCACUCAGCCUAUAUUGUUAAUUCAAAGAAAAGUUAGUGGGCCUAAAAUUUAUUUGGGGACAGACAUA